UCUUUUGCCCUUUUUUGCUUGCAUGCUAUGGUCAGGAUGAGGCAGAGCCCUCACGGGGCCCUUUCACACCUUUUAUUUUUAGCACACAGAAGCACAGCGGACAUCUCAGCGUGGAAGAGAAGGGACAGCAAAGAAAUUAAAUGCAUUAAUUAAUAGACAGCAGUAAUUAGAAGUCAAACCCAUCCCUUCCAGCACUCAAACUGCCGAGCCAUCAGCUGGGGAGGAAUCACCAAAUAUUGCCUUUCGCCCCCCGCCACCCUGAUUACCAGCCAAUGCACUCUGGCCCCUAAAAAGUCUCCAUUUGCGGUCUUUGAUUUUUCCUGUUUUUUUAGGCUUUUAUUAUCAGUGAUUUCUCAGUUUCUCACUGCUUUCCCCACAGCUCAGCGCCGCGUCGCUCCCAGCCAUCGCUGAACCCGGAGGUGUUUCCAUCCCUCAGAGAGCAGCAAAAUGAGGCAUCGGCCAUCGUGCACCAAAGGGAAAGGCUGUAGGGUACCUCUACCCAUAUUUGUUGGGUUUGUGUUUUGUUUUGUUGUCAUUUAAAAGCAAAACCAAGACAACAAAGCCCAGCCAAUGCCAUUUCCUGGCAGUGGACGCAGGCGCAGGUGGGUUGGUGGCAAAGCAAGAAGUUGCUGCGGGACUUUGUCAUUUUGGGGCCGUUCUCGUGAGCUUCUCAGCCAUGGAUGAGGAAAUUAUUUAUGCUGAUUUAAGGCAGCCUACAGGCAGUUUGUCUCCUGCCCAGCAGCAGCACGUGCCAUGGGACUUCCAGAAGGUCGGUCUACUGGGGGUGCUGCUGCUGCUGUUGCUGCUCCUGGUGGGGCUCAGCGUGUGGGUCUUUCAGAAAACAACACCACCUCCAAGCAUUGCCCAGCACUGCCCUGAGACCAACGGGACCAAGGGGAUGGAGCUGAGUGGGAGCAGCUCCAUUGAGCGAUACUUCUGUCCAUCCACACCAAAGAGCUCUGCAGCCCCUGCUGCCUGCCUGCUCUGUCCCCAGUUCUGGAGGCUUUUAGGGGACCGAUGCUACAGGCUUUCCACGGGAAAGGGGAUCUGGAUACAAGCUAAAAGGGAGUGUGAAAGUCUGCAGUCUCAGCUGGCGGUGCUCCAGAAGAAGGCCGAGAAGGACUUCCUCAAGGAGAUUGCAGGUGCAGUGAAUCAACCGCUGUGGAUUGGGUUGGAAGUGUCCAAAUAUCAAUGGAAAUGGGUGGACAACUCCUCCUUCAAUGUCGCAGAGUUUGGCAAUCUUUCAUUGGUGGAGAAUCGCUGUGGGACCUUCAAGAACACAAAAGUGGAGGAUGACGACUGUAGUGGUGAACACGAGUGGGUCUGCCAGAAAGAACCUUUACAUCUCCAUCCGUAAUGUGUAGGAGACGGAGGGCAACGCAGCCCCUCUCCCUGAUGUGUGCCCACCCACCCCAAAAGCCCCAGCCGUUGGGGUGAAGCUCUGCAAUACGGCUCUGGAAGGAAUUUGGGGUGUGCAGACCCCAGCACUGCCCAGGCACAUGGGGGGACAUGGCUGUAUGCACUCAUGCAGUCAGCUCAUAAUCCUGUGUUUUUUGCUUCAAUAAAAAAUACUGGGUUGGUUGUUGAGCAGAACGCAUC